AUGUUUCUCACUAGGACUGAGUAUGAUAGAGGAGUCAACACAUUUUCUCCUGAAGGAAGGUUAUUUCAAGUCGAAUACGCCAUUGAAGCUAUCAAGCUUGGUUCUACUGCGAUUGGAGUGAAGACAAAAGAGGGAGUUGUGCUUGCUGUCGAGAAGCGUAUCACCUCGCCAUUGCUGGAGCCGAGCAGUGUGGAGAAGAUUAUGGAAAUUGAUGACCAUAUUGGUUGUGCGAUGAGUGGUUUGAUUGCUGAUGCUCGUACGCUUGUUGAGCAUGCUAGAGUUGAGACUCAAAACCACAGAUUCUCGUAUGGUGAGCCAAUGACUGUAGAGUCUACAACACAAGCACUGUGUGAUCUUGCUUUGAGGUUUGGUGAAGGAGACGAGGAAUCCAUGUCUCGACCAUUUGGAGUAUCUCUUCUCAUUGCUGGUCAUGAUGAAAACGGACCAAGCUUGUACUACACGGAUCCGUCUGGAACAUUCUGGCAGUGCAAUGCAAAGGCCAUAGGUUCAGGCUCAGAAGGAGCUGAUAGUUCUCUUCAAGAGCAAUUCAACAAAGAUUUGUCUCUUCUAGAAGCUGAGACGAUUGCUGUAUCGAUUCUCAAGCAAGUUAUGGAAGAAAAGGUGACUCCAAAUAAUGUGGACAUUGCCAAGGUUGCACCAGCUUAUCAUCUCUACUCUCCGCAAGAAGUCGAAGCAGUCAUCGCUCGUCUCUAA